ACGAAGGGGACGGCCAAAGAGCGGGUAGGAGGGCUGGAGAGAGGGAGAGAAAGCCGAAGAGAGGGAAGGAAGAGAGGCGAGGGGAAGCAGCUUUGAGGUCUCCGAGCAGAGAGAGAGGAGCGCAGGCCUCGGCGGGAGCAGCGGGAGCCGCGGGCCCGGGGCCGGGCCGCCCCCGCGAGCAAGGCGCCGCCAUUCCGCUGCUCGGGGCGCCGCCGCCGCCGCCGCCGCGUCCGGGGGCCAUGCUCCCGCCGCCCCCGCGCCAGCCGCCGCCCCAGGCGCGCGCGGCCCGCGGCUCCCUGCGCCUGCAGCGGGCCUUCCUGCGCGGCCCGCUGGGCGUGCUGCGGCUGCUGCAGCUGCUGGCCGGGGCCGCCUUCUGGAUCACCAUCGCCACCAGCAAGUACCAGGGCCCGGUGCACUUCGCGCUCUUCGUGUCCGUGCUCUUCUGGCUGCUCACCCUGGGGCUCUACUUCAUCACGCUGCUGGGCAAGCAGGAGCUGGUGCCCGUGCUGGGCUCGCGCUGGCUCGUGGUCAACGUGGCGCACGACCUGCUGGCGGCCGCUCUCUACGGGGCCGCGACGGGCAUCAUGAUCGACCAGACGCAGCGCCACAGCUACUGCAACCUCAAGAGCUACCGUCUCCCCUGCGCCUACCAUGCCUUCCUGGCGGCCUCCGUCUGCGGCGGCCUCUGCCUCGGUCUCUACCUGCUCUCGGCACUCUACGGCUGCUGCCGUCGCUACCAGGGCAAGGAGGAGGUGGUGUGAGGCCGCCCGCUCCACCGCGGCCCACAUCGGUGCGGGGGGGACCCUCCCGAGCCUUUCCUGCCGCCGCCCCGUGCCAGUGCGCCCCAGCACCCUCUCCCUGCCUGUGUUUCACCGCCCGCGCCCUGGCCCCCCGACGUCGUUCGGUUCCAGUCUAACUGCCACAUCAGCUUCCAGGGACCUGCGCAGCUAUCCGAGGCGCUGACGCACACACCCAGACGGGCCGCCCCAGGCUAAGCCUGGAAGUCCCUUUCCCCAUUCCCUGUCGCGAGCUAGACGUGGACAGGCUGCCGCGUAGAUCCGAGGGACCAAAUUGGAACCAGUCUUUGGGCUGCGCCACUGCCCCCUCCCUCCUGCCCUGCAGUCGGAAGAGCAUCCUUUCCCUGCCCCCUCUUCCAGCCCUGGGGUGGUGUAGAAUGCAGUCAGGCAGCUGCCAGUGGGGCUGGGGACAGGCCUUAGCUGGUGCUGGGAUGGAUGACGUUAAGAGUUUAGUUAAGAGUUUGGAUCUCUCCCUGAGCAGCCCUCGACCACCGAAAUCUGCGGGUGGAGCCAGCUGCAGGGGUGGUGGAUGGCAAAGGCCGUCUGGCUGUACUUUCCUAAACCACACCAGCCUUCUCCCCGCCUUUAUUUUGGGGUUCAUUCAGACUGGGCCAAAUGCUCUAACUUCCCCGGCCUCCCAGAUGUCACUCAGCAGCUUCUGCAGCACCCCAGUCUUAAAUAUGUUUGUAUUGGGGAAUCCCACGUGACCAACGGCGAUUGUUAAGGUGAUGCCCACCCCUUCGGGGAGCCAGAUCCAACUCCUAAUCUUAAAACAACUGGUUUUACGAUUAGAACCAUACUCUUUCCUCUGAAGCAGUGGGUUAUCUAGGGAGCCAUUCACGUGCUACCUCCAAAAGAAGGUUUAGAAGGCAAAUGGGUUUGUCAAAGGUGCUGUCUUCCAGUGCAGAUUCACAGUGUUUGUGAGCAUAAUGAGGUCUCUCUGAGAAACCCCGCAGGUACCAUGCCCAUACAUGCUAACCUAGUUUCCUGACUCACAAGUGCGCCUAAGCCAUUCCCAUGUCAAGACACUGAGCUGUCUAGGUCAUUCCCACAGGUUGACCCAGUGCAGGUUGGGAAGCUCCUCUUCCCUGGGAAUUUCUCUCUCAGGGGGUCCACCCAGUGACAAAGGAGCUAGAUGCCCCUCACCAGCCAGACCUGAGAACUGUUGAAUAUUCGUUCACAUUGUUGGAAAUAGGAAGCUGAGGAUAUCUAGGUGGCCGCCCAGUCAAAAAGACAGUCGUUUGUGAGGGAGCCUGGCCCUGACUCUGAGCAGCUGGUGGGAUGAGCUCUGCCACCAAUCGAGAGCUGUCUGGACCUGGGGUGGACAGCUGGUGCCACCUCUAAGGUUCCCGUGUUGCUGAGGCCCCAAAGAGUCACUGGUCUGCCUGGGGCCAGCAGAGGGUUUGGGAGUCUUCGCUGCUGCAGGGCAGGUGGGAAGCCGGCAGUCUUUUCUGCACGCUGUCUGGUGGAAGAACUGUGGUGGGAAGACUGACUUCUUCCUUGAUGCUAGAGGAUUCCCGGACUCCUAUGUUAUCAUUUUGGGCACAAGAUUCUGGACACUUGGGACUGAGCUCUGCCUGCCCAUUUCCCAUUCCCCAAAUGAUGGUUCUCAGGUCCAGCUUGCAUUCUUUACCUGUUCAUCUUUUUUUUAUAUCACUGUCUAAGCUCAGGUCCAGUCCCCUCAGGAUCAACUCAGCCCCAGUGCUCUGGGUCUGUGGCCAGGCAACCUUACUCAGGAGCACACAUCUUGGCCUUUCUGGUGCCUCAUGUACCGCGAUGUGCCUGUAUGUAGCAUUCCAGAGCUCAUUCUCUCCUCCUGAUGUGCCUUCCAGCUUGGCUUCUAUCAGUCUGGUGGUCCCUCUGUUUACCAAGUGUGAGAAGCAUGGACUGUUACGCACCACCUUUCCUCAAAUGUCAUAGAAUGAUCACCUGAUGGGCCAGAGUGUUUGGAAACUGGCAGUGUUCUCCCUGGCUUACCUCUCUGACACCAGGACCGGGGCCAGGCCUAGACCACCCAGACAGCUCCCAAACAUAAGUUGGGGGCCUCUUGUGGGCCCAGAGAACAAUUUCUACAGUGUGUACAAAGGCCCAGCAGGGGUAGGUUUUGGUAUAGGGAGGGUGGUUAAAGAGAGGGGCCACGUGCCUUAUCCUGUAGUGCAGUCAUGGUUACAUCAGUAUGCUUUUUGGAAUAAAGUUUGGUUUGUCUGA